AUGGACCACACAGAGCUGGCCUUUUGUGACCUGGCUUCUUCCACCUGCGCGCAGUCUUCGCGACGCCUUGGUAGCAUUCGUCUGUCCAUUCGUCGAGGUUCUAGCGUGGCUCUCGCUUUCUCUCCGCAGGCCUGUGUCUGGGGCAGGCAGCAUGCACGCUCGACGGUGAGUCCUUCGGCGCCGACCCUCCACUGGGUCAGCCCCGGGCCGCUGCAGGCCCUCGGCCCUGCCGUGACGCUGCUCUGCUUCCUUGCAGGCCACCUCCCCAAGCCCUCCCUGCAGGCGCUGCCCAGCGCCCUGGUGCCCCUGAAGAAGCCGGUGACCAUCCGCUGCCAGGGGCCCCCGGGCGCAGACCUGUACCGGCUGGAGAAGCUGCAGUCGCGGAAGUACGAGGACCAGGCUGUCCUCGCCAUCCCGGCCAUGGAGAUCAGCCACGCUGGCCUCUACCGUUGCUCCUACCAGAACGGCUCCCGCUGGUCCCCGCCCAGCGAGAAUCUGGAGCUGGUUGCCACUGGGGUCUACAGGAAACCCUCACUCUCAGCGUACCCCAGCUCUGCGGUGGCCCCUGGGGGCGAUGUCACCCUGCAGUGUCAGACCCAGUAUGGCUUCAACCGAUUUGCUCUGUAUAAGGAGGGGGACACUGGACCCCGAAAACAACCAGAACAGUGGUACCGGGCUGACUUCCCCAUCAUCACGGUGACUGCUGCCCACAGUGGAACCUACCGCUGCUACAGCUUCUCCAGUGCAUCCCCCUACCUGUGGUCAGCCCCCAGCAACCCUCUGGAGCUCUCAGUCACAGGAACCUUUGUGACCACCAGCCAGUUGCCCACGGAGGCACCCUCCUCUGUGGAAGGAGCCUUUGUGACCACCAUCCAGUAUCAUACAGAGGCGCCUUCCUCCACAACAGGCACCUCUCUCGUCCCCAGCCCAUUGCCUACAGAUGUGCUGUCCUCCACAGAAGGGUCUGCCCAGCAGCACUAUGCCAGGGGUAACCUGGUGCGGAUGUGCCUGGCUGCUGUGACUCUCAUCCUCCUAGCUGGGCUCCUGGCAGAGGCCUGGCAUAGCCGGAAGGAAGCCCUGCCGCUCCGAGUCAGAGCCGUGCACCGGCCACUGCCUCCACUACCACACACCCACGGGGCCCUUGGGCACCAGGACAGGGCCCUGCCUGGUGCUCAGAAGCAUGGGUGUCGCUGUUAG